GAUAAUUGUGAUAAUUUCCGGCUAUUUGCUUGUGAUAUUUGUCUAUAAAACCUUUACAUAUACCCAACAAUACGACACAAUCUUUCUCUUUUUGGUACUUCACUUGCUUCGUAUUUCGUGCUAUCCUCUCAAAACCCUAGAUUUGUUUUUCCUUCUACAUUUUGAUGGCGGAGGAAGAGGUCGUCGCGGCUGCACCCAGCCCCGUCCCCUCCGAUCAUAAGCGGAAGCUUGAGGACGUCGAGCCCCACGGCCUCCAUGUCGACGUGCCGCUGGACUCUGCUGUACACCCUGAUACGGAGGAUAGUGAUGUAGCGGCAUCUGAUUCGUCCGAGGCCAAGCGGCCUAGGCUCGACGACGAUAAAACCGACGGCUUAGCCAGUGGGAAUGGGUUCAAAGCUGAGAAGUUGGAUAAACCUAAAAAAGAGGAGGAGGAGCCUUCGCAGCAAAAUGAGGUUAACAAGCAAGCUGAAGUUGGUGACGCUCCAUCAGAGGAGGCUCAAGCAACAGUAAAACCUCAGCAAGUUGAAGGAAUAAAAGGGGAAACAAAGCAACAUUCUAGAGAUAAUCAUGAGACUGCUGAUGCUGAGUCAGGUAAAGUUGAGAGUUUUGAGGCAGAUUAUGGCCAGGAACCUGCCAAAGAGGAAAAUAAGCAAUCUUCUGGUGAGGUGCCUCAACCAGAGUUUUAUGAUGGUUCGACUAUUACUCGCAAAAUAGAGGUUCCUAAUGCUAAGGUCGGUGUUCUCAUUGGCAAGGCAGGGGAUACUAUAAAGUACCUGCAAUACAACUCUGGGGCAAAAAUUCAAAUUACCAGGGAUGCAGAUGCUGAUCGGGAUGCUCCAACAAGGCCUGUGGAAAUGAUUGGGACUUUGAGUAGUAUAAUCAAGGCUGAGAAGCUUAUAAAUGCUGUCAUAGCAGAGGCCGAUGCAGGGGGUUCUCCUUCCCUUGUAGCUAGGGGCCUUGCUACCACACAGGUUGCUGGAGCUGCCAAUCAUAUUGAGAUACAAAUUCCAAUUGAGAAGGUUGGUUUAAUCAUUGGUAGAGGUGGGGAAACUAUCAAAGGACUGCAGACCCAGUCAGGGGCUCGCAUUCAGGUAUUGAUACCUCAAAAUCUCCCAGAAGCGGAUGGAUCAAAAGAAAGGAUGGUGAGAGUGACUGGUGAUAAGAAGCAAAUUGAGAUUGCCACAGAAAUGAUAAAAGACGUUAUGAAUCAGACUGUCCGGCCUUCAUCUCUGUCUGGUGGUUUCAAUCAGCAGGGCUAUCGACCUCGGGGAACCACUGGUCCAACUCAAUGGGGUCCCCGGGGCCAUCCUGCCCAGACAGCAUCAUAUGAUUAUCAGCAACGGGGACCAUAUCCAUCUCAAAACUCUCAUUAUCAACCUCCUUAUGGUGGCUACCCUUCUCAUCAAAUGGCUACAAGAAGCAACUUUGGUUAUAAUUGGGAGCAGAGGCCUCAUAGCAUGCAGGGACCUCCACAGAGUGGAGGUUAUGAUUACUACAGCAGGCAAGGAAGUGUCUCUGCCCCACAUUUGACUUCAAUUCCUGGGCAUGGACCUGGACCGUCGCCUGCUCCAGGUAUGGCACCAACAUCAUCUCAGUCAAAUUAUAAUUAUGGUCAGCCUCAUGGUCCAGCAGAUUAUGUGCAUCCACCACCCUAUUCCCAAGUUGCUCCCCAGCAUAGCUAUGGACAUGGAUAUGAAAAAUAUGAAAAUUAUACACCAGUCCAGCAUCCUUAUGGAGGACAUGGGUCUUCUCAGCCGGGAUAUGCACAGCCAAGUCCUCAACCUGGGUAUGCCCCUCAGCAGCUGUAUGGCAAGCCGCCAUCAUAUACCAUGCAGUCACAAGGACCCCAAACAUAUGGUCCUCCCGCCAAUCAGCCAGGAGAAGUACCGGGUCAAGGUCCAACUUUCCAGUCAUAUGGUCUGAAUAUGCCUCAGCAGCAAUAUCAAUAUGCAUCAAGUGGGCCCAUGCAACAAAGCUAUCCUCCAUAUGGCUCUGCACCGCCUAGUGAUGGGUAUAGUCAGCCUUCACCUGCAACUGGCCAGGGUUAUCCACAACAAGGUAGCCAGCCUGUUCCUGGUUACAGUCAGCCUUCUCAGCAAGCAACUGCUUAUGUACAAGCAAGUACUGCUGCUGGAUACGGCGAAUACCCACCCUCACAACAGGGCUACUCUGAACAGCCAGCUCCAAACAAUGCAGGUUAUGGCUCUCAAGGGGUGCAAGAUUCUGGUUAUGGUGGUGGCCCUGCGGCAACAUAUGGUGCACCACCACAAAGUGGCCAAGCAACUUAUGCUCAAUCAACAACAGCUCAGCCUACCUAUGAUCAGUCUGUUCCUCAGUCUGGUGGUUAUGCGGCAGCACCAGGUAGUGCACCUGUUGCGUAUGGAAAAACAGUAUCACCACUGCCUGGAUAUACUCAAUAUGAUUCGACCCAGAUGUAUGCUGCACCUCGUUGACAAUUUUCUUGUUGUGUUGGUGAUAAUGUAGUCGACGUUAAUUUUGCCUUGGUUUUGUUUUUGAGGUUUUCGUAAUGCUGUGUGUCUAUUUCGUACAGUUGGUGGUACUUGGUUCUGUUUUAUUCCCAUGUCCUUUGGAUAAUGGACAUGAAAAUGCGGCUAGUUUUGUUCUCCUUUUAUUUUGUGGUCUGAUGAAACACUUCAUAAUAGUUAUAUAUAUAGUAUGCUGCCUGGUCACUGGAUAUUCAAUCAAAUGAAACUGGGUCCGCCGUGGAAGCAUUGAUAAGAGUAGCAGUGAGCCCUCCGAGUUCUAUGGUUUCCGCCGACUGCAAAGUCCCCUAGGAAAUCCUCCUCGCUGCUGGUCUAGAGAGUUUGUUUAUAAUUGGUUCAAGCAAGUUUAGAGAGGUUGGUUUAUAAUUGGCCGCAUCCUUUCGGCUUUUGCUAAAAAACAUAGAUUCUUAUACCAAAUACAAUAAUGAUUGCGCUGUCCGUGUUAAACUUUCUAGCAGCCUCCUUGCGAGCGUCAUGCUCACUGUCGUACAUGUAAAAGUCUCAACUUAUUUUAUAAAAUCAUUUCUGGAGAUAGUUUAUGUUCUGAUAGGUGGCAAGUGGGUAAUUGGAAUGGGUACAACGGAUCGAAUUUAAAUAAUUUCGAAUUGGAUCAUUUCAAGUCUAAAUUAUUUAAAUUUUAUCUCAUUUUAAGUUAGCAUUUCUGAUAAUAUGAAUUGUAUCAUUUUGUACUUUAGUUAAUUUGAAUUCAUAUUGUUUCAAGAUUUAAUUUUUUUUUUACUUUUCUUAAUAAAAUU